GUCAACAUCAACCUCGGGAAUGGAAAAUUGCCAAACGACUCCCGUUCUUGUUAAUCGAUAAUCUACACACUGCUCUGGCAGCAGGAGUGGCAAUGGAGGCUUUUCUAGGCAAGAUCACCCAACAUGCCAUGAACUAUGCAAUCCGGUCCGGCAUAGGAAUUACUGCAUCAUAUGCUAUCAGACAAUCGUCGAGGUUGCUUAAGACUGUGGAUGAUGAUGGGGAUUAUCAGGAGCUUCGUAAGCUCCAGGAGCGACUGGAGGCGAAAAUCAGAAUCAUAUCUCCAGCAAUUGACAUGAUUGACCUAAUCUCUGAGAGAGGGAACACAACACUAGAAUCAGCGGUCGCCGUAACCCGAGCUCUUCGGUGGGAGAUUCAAGCUCUUGGAAUUCGGAUUGCAAAUGCAGCCACAGCAGAGGAAGCCUCCCGGCGGAAACAAAACAAAGCCAAAUCGCGACCCGACCAUGAAAAGGAAAUCCGAGAGAUUGUCCAAGAUACCCGAAAUGUUCUUGCUCGCAUCGAAGAUGAAGUACCGUUAAUCAAUUUGGCAAUUACGACGUCAGGAGCAGGUCUGUCGACAACGCUACCACCCUCAGUUUCUCCAUCAAGAAUGUUACAAGCCAGCAAUCUCCUCACUAAUGCUGAUACUCGAUAUUCCAUGGAUCCUACAUCCCCUGUUCAGGUGGGGCCCGCAUUCACGGUUUCAUUGUACAUGCUAUUUGCUGGCCAUUAUCGGGAAAAGCAGGAGCAAACAGACACCGCUAGAGAAUCAACAUUCAAAGAAGUGAUACACAAGGCGAGGGUCAAGCUCAUGCGACUGCCUCUCCAAUCCGUUGGCAGCGGCAGCCAACCAGCUCUGCAGUCGAUCGAGCCUGGCGAAGAAGGAACCCCUGUGAUGACAGGCGAGCGUAAACAAAACGAAUACAAUUAUCGCCUUGAAAUCAUCGAAGAUCUAGAUGAUGGCAGAGUUCACGAGUUCGAGGAUGGUGGACCACAACCUGCAUCUUACGGAGAUGUUCACCUGGCCGGUAUCAGGGAGUUCCUGCCAAUUUAUCAGGUCUCGAGGAUCUUUUAUGCUGAUACAGGAAAGAUCCUUGGUAUCGGCAGCCCAGAAGAGAUGCAUAGUCCUGUGCUUCUCUUGAAGCGGGAUAUCAAUGCAAAAGAGCCACGCCAAAUGAUGGAGGAGCGUGAGAAGAACCUCAAUUUGUACGAAGACCCAGAAGAACAAGGAGACGCUAAAGACCAGGAAGACAGUGAAGAACAGGGAUUAUCCGACUCAAGUGAUGAUUCUCAGGACGACAUCGAUGAGCAAAUCCGCAAAGAGAGCUCCACAGCGACUCCAGAAGAACCGGUUCACGAAGCUCAAUCUCCAGUCGAGCGAGAAUGGUGCCUCCCAGCAGAUCUUGACAUUGAGUGGCUUGCAUUCGAAGUUUACACAGAGCCAGAAGAUUCGACUUCUGAGGAUGAAGAUGACAAUGAGGACUCGUCAUACAUCUCUCACCGACCCAGCUCCUCUGGAGAAGCCCAGAACGAUGACAGCUUAAUUGGCGGACUUGAACACCUCCACCUCAAUGAAGAAUCGGCCGUAGUUCCAGUUCCGAGUCAGCAAGUAGCAUGUUCGCCGCCGUUCGCCAAAUGUGGACCCCUGGGAUCCACAACACAUGUCCCCAUUAGAACUGCUUUAUCGCUUCUGGAAAUGUUGAUUCGCUUUACAGCUCUUCAACAAUGGCAGCAAGCAUCCCAUCUUUCUAUUCCAGACGAGUUCCUGACCUUCUUCCUUUGCGAGUCAUCCACCACUGGUGCAGGAGGAGACGCCGAGCUACGUAAACGCACUCGCCGGGAGGCUGUGAGAAAAAUGGGCUUUGAUCCCUACGACGAGUCUCCGAUCAAGCGAAGAGGUGAAGAAUACCAGUAUCAAAAUCAAGCUCAGGAGGCGUAUGAUAGGUACUCUCGAGGAAAUACACCCUACGAAGAAUUUAAUCCUCCAAAUGGCUAUCCUUCACCACAGCAGGGAUGGAUGCGAGAACGAAAUUCGACGACGCCUGAACCAUGGCUGCUCAGGAGCAGGGAACACUCAUCUGCUUCUCGCCGAAGUCCACCGAACAAUCCCCCCUCUUCCCCAAUAGGAUCCCCAAUGUCACCGUACCGUCCUCAUCGAAAGUCAACAAGACCUCUAGAUCGUGUCCAGCAAGGCUCUCGGGCCGUCAAAGGAAGCCCACUGGGACGAGGAAUGAGCGUCGAGACUGAUUCCACUCUGGGCACCAGCCCAGGGUCGCCGACGCUUGUAGAUAGGGAUGACAAGGACUAGGCAGCCAGUAGUGGAGAAGUGAUAGUCAUGUAACUUUGGAGUCUUAGGCUGAGAACUUUAGAUGAUACCCUAACAAUGAAUAAUGAUGAACAAAUGUAUCUAUGAAUCGCAGCUCUGGCCUCUACUGAGUUCAUCUCCUAUAUAGUCUUUGCUACCUGUUCAUACAUAGAUGUAACACAACGGCCCUACAGCGGUAAAUAUCGUAUUCUUGAUCUCGGUCCCGGUCCCAAGAAUUCCCAUCUCAAGCCAAUC